AUGGCCAGUGUCCUGCCCCAGAAAAACGAAGAGUACGGCACGAAACAAUACUGGGACCAGAGGUACAGCCAGGAGCCGCCUGAUGCUUCCUUCGACUGGUUCAAGUCCUACGAGGACGUAGCUGACAUUUUGCGGGAGCUCAUCCCGGACAGGGAUGCGAGGAUCGUGAUGCUGGGGUGCGGCAAUUCGAAGCUGUCAGAGGAGAUGUACGACGACGGUUAUAGGCAUGUUGUCAAUACCGAUUAUUCUGGCGUUCUCAUCAACAAUAUGCGCCGCCUACACGAACACACUCGACCGGAGAUGGAGUGGCACGAGAUGGACAUCCGGAGUCUGACCUUCGACGCAGACACGUUCGAUGUUGCGAUCGAUAAAGGCACUAUGGAUGCCAUGAUGACGGCUAAUGGUGACGUCUGGGACCCCCCAUCUAACAUUAUCGAAAAUUGCAACCGCGAGGUGGACGAGGUCAUACGGUAG